CCUAUUUUCAUUUAGAUUAUUAUUGUUUCUUUCUUUUGUGUAAAUUAUGAGACUAAUCGAUGCAUAACAACGAAAAGUUCUGAUGUUUUAUAUAUGUUUAAUAAGUUAUUGAACACACCCAUUCUGAACGAUUCCUUAAAAUAUAUUUCCAGGCCUGUGAUUGAACGCUUUCAAUAAAUAGAGUGUGAACGCAAUCCAAAAGUUGAUCGUCUUUUCAUUAACGAAGGUUUUGAACGUAAAUUUUGGAUAUCUUCAGCGAAUUCAAGGAGCAACUCUCAAGUUGCCCAGCCAAGACCCGAGCUUUCUGUCGCACUGUCCAAACGACAGUGUGGGGCGCAGUGUCAUCGCUCGGCACAGUAUUAGCCGUACGGGAUAGCGGAGGAGGCAGCAGCGGUGGCUCGGCAUCGUUUGCUGCAUCUUCGGAUAGUUCUGGUGGCGAUCGUAUUGCUUCUAUCAUGGGAUCGGUAAAGUCGCGAACUCUAAUCUCGACUGACAAUCUUAUUGAUGAUAGCAAUGUAGUUUGUGGUGCGUCUUCAUACUAUCAGCAACAUCAAAUGAAAGGUGCGGCGAGCGGAAAUGGUACGGGGCUAUUGCAAAAACGUGAUUUGCGCUAUGAUAUCGGCACUAGUUCACAAUAUCAUCCGAUCCGUCAACCUAGCGUUCGAAAUCGCCCUCAACAGCCGAUGCCCACAACGGACGAGUUAGAUCGUCGAUUCGCUAAGGUUUUAGCUUCUAUGGAUUUACCCCCCGAUAAGGCCAAACUCCUAAAAAACUAUGACGAUGAGAAAAAAUGGGACAUCAUUUGUGAUCAGGAAAUGGUGCAAGCAAAAGAUCCACCAUCGCACUAUCUGAAUAAGUUGCGCACUUACUUGGAUCCCAAGGCUUCUCGGAGUCACAGGCUUUACUUGCUCUACUUUUUUUGUCAGAAAAGAAAAAUUGUAGGCGAGUCAACGUCAACGCAAGUUUUGCGAGACCUUGAAAUUUCAUUACGCACUAAUCACAUUGAAUGGGUUAAGGAGUUUCUUGAUGAAACUAAUCAAGGCCUUGAUGCUUUGGUUGAUUACUUAAGUUUUCGAUUGCAAAUGAUGCGUCAUGAACAACGAAUUCAAGAAGCCCUUAGCGAGUCAGACGAGCGUCUUGAUUUAAAUAAUACUAGUGUCGGGAAUGUUAUGGGGGAUUGUGCAGAAAAUACCGCCCAUGGUGUUAUUAACAAUUCAAAUCUGUUGGAAUCAUCGCGACACCAGAGCCUCCAUUCAUCAUCUUUCAGUGGGCUAACAAAUGGAUUUUUGCGGCCAUCUUUGGGUGAUGUGCUUGAUAGUCCCAGCAUCAAACGACGUUCCCGUCAUAUUGCCAAAUUAAAUAUGGGCGCAUCAACGGACGACAUACAUGUCUGUAUUAUGUGCUUGCGUGCAAUUAUGAAUAACAAAUACGGAUUCAAUAUGGUUAUACAACAUCGAGAAGCUAUUAAUUGCAUAGCUCUUAGCCUAAUACACAAAUCACUGCGCACAAAAGCGCUAGUUUUGGAACUAUUAGCGGCUAUUUGUCUUGUGAAAGGUGGACAUGAAAUAAUUUUAUAUUCUUUUGACAAUUUCAAAAGUGUAUGUCACGAAAAGCGACGUUUUCAAACUCUUAUGGAGUACUUUAUGAAUUUUGAGGCUUUUAACAUUGAUUUCAUGGUAGCCUGUAUGCAAUUUAUGAACAUUGUGGUGCAUUCCGUUGAAGAUAUGAAUUAUCGCGUUCAUCUGCAAUAUGAAUUUACCGCUUUAGGAUUGGAUAAGUAUUUAGAAAAGUUGCGACUGACCGAGUCCGAAGAGUUGAAAGUGCAAAUAUCAGCUUACUUGGAUAAUGUGUUUGACGUGGCGGCGUUGAUGGAAGAUUCUGAAACGAAAACAGCAGCAUUAGAAAGAGUACAAGAAUUGGAAGAUCAAGUGGAACGUGAGAUUGAUAGAAAUUCGGAACUACUUUAUAAGCUAGCCGAAAUGGAAACUGAGGUCGCCUAUUUAAAGGCUGAAAGAGAGGAACUUUUGACCACAAAGUUAAAAUUUGAUGAGGAGGUGACUACGCUAAGACGAAUCCUUAAGCAAAAUGAACAAGAACUGAAGAGGAGAGACUCUCUUUUACAAAGUAAAAAUCUUGAGUUACAGACUUUAACAAGAUCGUUGCCAAGAUCUGUGUCCAAUGCGGAAGGUUCGCAAUUAAGUGAGCUGAGUGCUAAUCUCUUACCACCAAAGUGUGAUUCACCGCCGCUACCUCCUCCGCCUCCGCCUUUGCCUUCUUCACAUGCUAUUGAAACUGUAACACCACCGCCUCCUCCGCCGCCCCCUGCACCGCCGGCUCCUCCCCCACCACCUUUGUCGGGCUGUCAUUCUAUAACAAUGAAUAGAGCUCCGCCGCCACCACCUCCAGUACCAAGCGAUGGCCCUUCGAUGCGUACAUUCCCGCAACAUCAAGUGAAUCCGGUGCUUUCUGCAUUCCAACCACCUCCGCCACCCGUUGCUGGUUUCAUGCCUGCCCCAGACGGAGCAAUGACAAUUAAAAGAAAAGUUCCAACAAAAUACAAAUUGCCAACACUGAAUUGGAUUGCUCUUAAGCCCAACCAGGUACGCGGCACGAUAUUCAACGAAUUAGAUGACGAAAAGAUUUAUAAAUACAUAGACUUUAACGAAUUUGAAGAACGCUUUAAAAUAGGCAUUGGUGGACCGUUGACUAAUGGAACAAACUCAGAAGUUGACGGCAAUCUACAAUCGUAUCCCAGUAAAAGAUUUAAAAAGCCAGAUAACGUAUCGCUAUUGGAACAUACGAGAUUACGAAACAUUGCAAUAUCUCGUCGCAAGCUGGACAUGCCUAUUGAUGAAGUAAUUGCUGCUAUACAUAGUCUAGACCUGAAGAAAUUAUCUCUUGAGAAUGUGGAACUACUUCAAAAAAUGGUUCCUACAGAUGUGGAGGUUAAAGCCUAUAAAGAAUAUAUCAUCGAACGAAAAGAUCAAAAUCUUCUAUCGGAAGAAGAUAAGUUCAUGUUGCAACUAUCUAAAGUCGAAAGGAUAUCGUCGAAGCUUUCAAUUAUGAAUUACAUGGGGAACUUUUUCGAUUGUUUGCACCUUAUUAGUCCGCAAAUACAAUCGAUUACGACUGCUUCAAAUUCUUUAAAACAAUCGCGAAAGUUUAAAGCUGUUUUAGAAAUUGUACUUGCUUUCGGCAACUAUUUAAAUAGCAGUAAACGGGGACCAGCCUAUGGUUUUAAACUUCAGUCCUUAGACACACUUAUAGAUACGAAAUCGACGGAUAAAAGGUUAUCGUUGUUGCACUACAUUGUCGCAACCAUUCGUCAAAAGUUUCCGGAAUUGCUUAGCUUUGAAACGGAACUUUUUUGCACCGAUAAGGCAUCGCAAGUUUCAUUGGAGAAUAUUGUUACCGAUGUGCAUGAUUUGGAGAAAGGCAUGGAUUUGGUUAAAAAAGAGGCAGAAUUGCGAGUUAAGGGAGUGCAAACGCAUAUAUUACGCGAUUUUCUAAAUAACUCCGAAGAUAAAUUAAAGAAAAUCAAAAUUGAACUUAAAAAUGCACAAGAAGCGUUCAAAGAGUGCGUCGAAUAUUUUGGCGAAUCUUCUCGUAACGCGGACGCAGCAGCAUUUUUUGCCCUUAUAGUUCGUUUCACGCGAGCUUUUAAGUCGCAUGACCAGGAAAACGAACAAAGGCGCCGCUUGGAGCAGGCAGCUGCUGCAGCUGCUGCAUCUAAGAAAGAAAACGAACAAGUGCAAUUACGUAACAAAGUUAACCAAAAGAAACAACAGAAACAUGGUUGCGUGACUAUGGAAAGCAGUUUGCUACAUAAAGCGCUUUUUAAUUCGGCUUGAUGGAUUGCAUCUUAGUCUCUAGAAUGCAAAAGCAUAAAUAUUUUCUGAAUUUGAAGCGAUUUGUGGUGUUGGUACGAAGUUAUAGCAAUUGGUUUUGAUGAUUUGAAUAUCGAACUGCACUAGUCUACUGCCAGUUAACCCAUCGUUCGUUCACUCAGAUGCAAUACAUAUAACCUACCUCCUUCACGUUCACUUAUUCUCUAUAACACAUUAAAUUAUAGAUGAUUUGUUCACAUCCAACAGAACACGAACAUUUGAAUAUCGUUCACACCUUCCCCACCCUAGACUUCAUGUAUUUUUUAUAAAAGCUUAAAAAAGGAAUCAAAGAGUGAUAUUAUGAUUCACAAAAUUAAAAAAAAAAAAAAAAAUGUAAGUGAAAUAUCAUAAUAUAGGCAAAUAUGUAGCAUGUUACUAAUGAAUGUUAUUAAACUCACCCACAUAGGAUGUUGUUUUUAUAUGAAUUUUGACUGUUUGUAUUGAAUUUCCUUUAGCUUAAUAUUUUAAAAUACUUACAAUUAUUUCAAAAAAGAGCGCUUAAACUUUCUUUGGAAACACUCAAACCGGAUUUUAACAUUUAACGCUUUGCAAUAUAAUAAGAAGAAGAAUAAAAUCAUUGCAAUUUUUUAUUUCAAAUAUUUCGCGUUUCAGGAUUAAUUUAAAAUACUUUUUUUUUCCUAAAUAUAUCUGCUUGCGUAUCCACCCUGUACCUCACAUAUUGACAUGAAUAUUGAUAUUCAUCUUAAAGGAGCUGAGAUUUAUUGCUUGCGAAAUUUAUAGACUAUUUAUUAUUGGACUUGAAAUAGAAUUUCAUUUGUUUGAAUCAUAUACUGAAAUACGCCUUUUUCGAAUUGUGAUUGAAUGUAAUGCAAGAGCAAAAGUUUUCUUAAAUAUUCUCAAUAUUCUUCUUAUUAGUAUUAGUCUAGAAGAUAUUGAACUUUGCCGCUGAUACUAAAAUUCUUACAUUUCUUCAUAUUUUUCAUAUUCACUGAUUGUUGAAUCGCUUGAAUUAACCCUGUUUUCGUUCUUAGGCUCUAUUUUUCCUCGACUACGUAAUAUGUGAAAGUUAAUCUAUACCGCUUUUAAUAGUUUUUAAAUAUCUUUAAUGUUCAUAAAUCUUACACGAUUAUGUUUAAAUUGAAAACGGUUAAGGUUAAAUCAAGCAGGUUCGGUAUAUCAGGUAAACAACUAGUGUAAAGCGGUUGAGCCCGAGUAUAGCAUACAAUUGUACACAAUUGUCUACUAAUUGCAACUGAUAAUUAGGUGAAUUUUGAUAUUUUUACACGCGUUAAGAAAUAUUCUAUGUCUACCCUAAAUAAAUCUCCUCCAAAUAAUACAUUUUUUGAAUUAGUUAAAUUCUUAAGUAUAUUUAGUUUUAGUCCUAUACGGGCACUUCAUUCAAUUUAAAUGAAAGGUUUAUUAAAGGCAAUUGAAUUGUCAUAUUUCUGUCAAAAAAUGGGUCCUUUCUACAAAUCGCGUACACAGAAAAUCAUGUUUUAAUUUAGGUUAAUUAUUAAAUUUCAUCUAAAAACUAAAUUAAUUAGCAAGAAAUAAAACAGUUUACCUCAAGGGCAAACCGCCCUUGUGAGCUGAAGGCAAGCAUAAUUUUAGGAGAGUUUAUGUCCAAGCAAAAGGUUUUAUGACUAAAAUUUAUUUUGAUGUUUUCAUGCAAAGCCUUAUGCUCUCUUUCAUAACAAUUGUUAGCCUUUAUCUAUGUAGCGUCUAAAACUUUUCUACACGGUUACCUGGUUUGCCUUUUCUUUUUUUUCUUUUUCUUUUAAACCUUUAGAGGAGCCUAUGUGGUGGGUAUCGAAAAUUCGGCUUAAGCUGAAUUAUUAUUGCACAAGCUUGUUUUAUCCAUAUUGCAGCAAAAAUUUACUAACACUUAUUUUAAAAUCCAUUUCCAUUUCCACUUACCACUUCCCACUUCCCACUUCCAUUUCCUUUAACUUUGUCUUGUCGUAGUUACAGUAUAAUAAAAAAAAUAGUAAACGCAAUGUAAUAUAGAUAUAUAAUAUAUUGUGUAUGUGUUAUUAACCAUGUUUUGUAAUCAAAACAUAUUUCCAAAGUCAUGCAACUUUUAAUUGCGUAUUUAGUUAAUAUGCACGGUUUCUUCCUUUGCCUUAUUUACUGUUUUAUUUAUUUAUUUAUUUAUAUAUUUCUUUAUUAAUACUUAUUUAAUUAGCUAAUAAUAAUUCGGGAUUUUUUGGGUUUUUCAUAUUUCCAUA